AUGUUCUUCCAACCCAUACCAGCUAAAGAUAAAAUUACUUUUACAAACAAAGAAGGUAAUAAGGAAACUGGCACUAAAAUCAGGUUCAGAAAUGGUUUCUGUUCAGAAGUUUUAACAUCGGUCGAUAUUCAAGAAAUAGUCAAAGCCGGUGGACGAAUUAUUAGAAUAUUAGAUGGUAUAGUAUACGAAGAAAAUUUUAAAACUCCACCAUAUAGAGAUUAUAUUUUAAUUUUGAGAGAUCUAAGAAAUAAAUAUAAACAAGGAGGUAAUAUUGUAGGUAGUAAUUGCAUGAAAUUAUUAGGUAAUUCAUUGUAUGGGAAAUCUAUUCAGAAGGAUAUAACUACAUCGAGACAUUUAUGGAGUGAAGCAACUUUAAAAGCCAACUUCGAUUCCCACGUCAAAAGCUAUCCUAAAGUAAAUGAGACUCAAUAUAUCGUUGAGAUAAAUGAAGAAGAAAAAGAAUUUGACUGUAUACCUCAUAAAUCUACAAGACUAACACUUACUCAUUUGGGAUCAUUCGUAUUAUCUCACAGUAAAAAAAUAAUGAAUAAUUUUAUUCACGUAAUAGAUGGAUUUUAUAAGCCAGAAAUAUACUAUACAGAUACUGAUAGUUUAUACAUUUCGUCUAGCAAUUGGGAUAAAUUAAAUGAAGCUGGGUUGGUGUCCGAAAAUGAUUAUUGUAAAGGAAAGAAUGAUUAUGGUGAUGGUGGAAUUAUAUAUGGUUUAUAUUUAGCGCCAAAAGUUAAAUAUAUUAUUUUAACUUUUGACGGUAUUCUUAAAGAAAAGAUAACGUUUAAGGGUUACUCUAAUGAUAAGAUAGCUGUAGAAGAUUAUAUUCGAUUAGCUAGUGGACAUGAUGUGACGAAUGAAUUUAAGAAACCAUGGGAAAAAAGUUUCACCAAUUGA